CGGGACUUCCGGUCCGCGGCUCGGGAGUCGCGCAGCUGCCGGAAGCGUGGGGUGCAGAGGCCUGGCGCCAGGGCUGCUGCCGGUGAGGAGCCGUAGGAGCCAUGGAUAUAGAUGCUGAAAGAGAAAAAAUAUCAAAAGAGAUCAAGGAGCUGGAAAGGAUUUUGGACCCUCAGUCUUCAAGUAUCAGUGUGGACGUCUCAGAGUCGAGUCUUGAUUCAGACUCUGAUGCAGAUUCACUGCCUGAUGAGGACUCGGAUGCUGCUGCUCCACUGAUCUCGGAAGAAGAGAGGUGGGGUGAAGCCAGCAAUGAUGAAGACGACCCCAAAGAGAAAGCUCUCCCUGAGGACCCGGAGACCUGUCUGCAGCUGAACAUGGUCUACCAGGAGGUCAUCCAGGAGAAGCUGGCAGAGGUCAGCCUGCUGCUGGCCCAGAACCGGGAGCAGCAGGAGGAGGUCAUGUGGGACCUGGCGGGGUCCAAAGGCCCCAAGGUGAAGGACGGCAGGAGCCUGCCCCCAAAUCUGUACAUUGGGCACUUUAUGAAGCCCUACUUCAAGGACAAGGUGACCGGCGUGGGACCUCCUGCCAACAAAGACACACGGGAGAAGGCUGCCCAGGGCAUCAAGGCUUUCGAGCAGCUCCUAGUGACCAAGUGGAAAAACUGGGAAAAGGCCCUGCUCCGAAAGUCAGUGGUGAGCGACCGCCUGCAGCGUCUGCUUCAGCCCAAGUUACUGAAGCUCGAGUACUUGCACCAGAAGCAGAGCAGGGUCACAAGUGAGACCGAGAGGCAGGUCCUGGAAAAGCAGGCCAGGGAGGCCGAGAAGGAGAUCCAGGACAUCAAUCAGCUCCCAGAGGAGGCCUUGCUGGGGAGCAGGCUGGACAGCCACGACUGGGAGAAAAUCUCCAACGUUAACUUUGAAGGAGGUCGCAGUGCAGAAGAGAUCCGCAAGUUCUGGCAGAACUGUGAGCACCCGAGCAUCAACAAGCAGGAGUGGACGGGGCAGGAGGUCGAGCAGCUGAAAGCCAUCGCGGCCAGGCACGGCCACCUGGACUGGCAGAAGAUCGCUGAGGAGCUGGGGACCUGCCGCAGCGCCUUCCAGUGCCUGCAGAAGUAUCAGCAGCACAACAAGGCCCUGAAGCGCAAGGAGUGGACGGAGGAGGAGGACCACAUGCUCACCCAGCUCGUGCAGGAGAUGCGUGUCGGCAGCCACAUCCCCUACCGGAGGAUCGUCUACUACAUGGAAGGGAGGGACUCCAUGCAGCUUAUCUACCGGUGGACCAAGAGCUUGGAUCCCAGGCUGAAGAAAGGAUUCUGGACGCCAGAAGAAGAUGCCAAGUUGCUUCAAGCAGUUGCCAAAUACGGGGAGCAGGAUUGGUUUAAAAUCCGGGAAGAGGUGCCAGGUAGGAGCGAUGCCCAGUGCCGAGAUCGGUAUCUCAGAAGGUUACAUUUUAGCCUGAAAAAGGGACGAUGGAAUUCCAAAGAAGAAGAAAAGUUAAUUGAAUUAAUAGAGAAAUACGGUGUUGGUCACUGGGCAAAAAUAGCCUCUGAACUACCCCAUCGGACGGGCUCGCAGUGCCUGAGCAAGUGGAAGAUCAUGGUCAGGCAGAAGCAGCGGCGGGGGGGCCGGCGGCGGCGGCGGCCCCUUCGCAGAGUGCAGUGGAGCAGCGAGGACUCGGAGCCAGAGCCGGAGGAGGCCCUGGAGGAUGGCCCGGCGCUGCCGCCAACCCCGCACGCUGUGCCGGACUUGGACCUGUGGGUUCCCGCCAGGCAGAGCGCCAAGGAGCUGUGGGGAGGAGGAGCAGGGGGCCGGCCGGGCCGCUGCGCUGCCUCCCCCAGCCCUCCUGGUGGCUCCAGCACAGCCCAGGGUGGGGGCAGAAGAGCUUGCACCACAGUCUCAGCCCCCACAGAGGAGGCCAGCCGGCCGCAGGCCGUUGCUGGGACCCAGAGCCCUGGCCAGAGAGGUGUCGGAUGUCUGCGCUCAGCAGAUGCUCACCCCUCGAGCUCAGAGGCAGACGAGGUGGGGAGACAUCCGCUCACAGUGCCCUUGGAGACAGUGCUGCAGGUGCUCAGGACCAACACGGCUGCCCACUGCCGGGUGCUGAAGGAGAAGCGGAGGCAGCCCAGCCCCAAUGGCAGUGGCGUGGCCAGGCCCCGGGUGCAGCCGCUGUGGCAGGGGACCAUGGGGAGCAGGCGGCGGCGCCAGAGACACGCCCUGCAGAGGAGGCUCCUAGAGCGCCAGCUUCUGAUGGCUGUGAGCCCGUGGGUAGGCGAUGUCGUCCUGCCGUGCGCUCCCCUGAGGCCUGCUGUAGUGCACAGUCAAGCUGAUGGCAUCAGGCAGCGGCUGCGGGGCGCCCACCUGGCCAGCACCCCAGUGUUUACCCUCUUUAUUCAGCUGUUCCAGAUCGACACUGCCGGCUGCAUGGAGGUCGUUCGAGAGAGGAAGGCCCAGGCCCCCACCCCGCUCCAGGCUGGUGCCCGGGGCCUGCCGCCACAGCUUCUGCAGAUGCCCUCGAGUGCCCAGAACACCCAAGGCUGCCUCUUGCAGAAUGUGCCAGCUCGCGGAGCUGCAAAGAAGAGUGCCAGCCAUGAAGAGGGUGCAGUGCUGCAGCCUCACCACGCCAAGCCCACUCCACGGGUGCCCCCGCCAGCUCUGAGCGGACCCCGGCCCAAGCCCAAAACUGUGUCUGAGCUGCUUCGGGAGAAGCGGCUGCGGGAGGCCCGAGCCAGGAAGGCUGCCCAGAGCCGGGUGGUUCUCCCGCCCCAGGUGCUGGUCUCCUCACCCGUGGUCCUCCAGCCGCUGGCCCCUCAAGGCCCCCCUGUGUCAAAUGCAGUGCUCUCUGGGCCCGGGAGCCCUGCAGUGGCCAGUCUGAGUGCUCCAGGCUCCUGGGCCUCAGCCUCGGAUGAGAGACCCCUGUCUCUGCAAGCCUUUGCCCUCACCCCAGCCUCCACGGGAGCCAGAACGACCCCAGCUGCAUCCAGGGCCCCAGUUCUGGGCCCCAGCCAGGGCCCUGUGAGCCACCACCUGAGCCUCCUCGGACAGUCUCAGGUGCCUGCCACGUCCCGGAAGCAGGGCCUGCCCGAGGCACCUCCCUUUCUCCCUGCAGCCCCCAGCCCUGCUCAGCUGCCUGCCCAGCCUCUCAGCCUGAUUCCGGCUCUGGGCACACACGGGGCCAGCACCCCUCUGCCUGUCACCUGGGUGCUCACAGCCCAGGGGCUGCUCCCUGUGCCUGUGCCAGCUGUGGUAGGCCUUCCGACGUCAGCAGGGACCCCUGACCCCAGAGGGCUGUCGGUGACUCCGCCGCCCUCCCUAACUGAGCCUCCUGCAGCCCAGGGCCCUGGACUCCCUGGGCAGCCCCCAGCCAACAUGGACACAGCGUCAGACCCUCCCUCAGGGACAGACCUCUUGACCCUUCGGAGGCCCUCCACAUCCCAAAGCCCUACAGAGGUGGACGGCACCAGGGCCCAGGACCCCGAGGGACUCUCCUCCCCCGCAGAGGUCCAGGUAGCCGGGGAGACAGCUGUGCCCAGGACAUUCUCCCAGGCCAUGCUGCUGGCUCACCACCCUGAAGCAGAGCCCUUCCAGUCUAGCCAGCUGCCUCUGUCAGGUGGCAGUGGCCCAGGAGAGACACCAGGGCCCGGGGAGCCCAGGAGGCCUCAGCCUGGGCCUGAGAAGGGUGCCCUGGACCUGGGCCUUCUCUCCCAGGAGAGCGAGGCAGCCGUGAGGGAGUGGCUGAGGGGACGGUGUGGGGUGUGUGUGCCCCCACUGGGGAGCAGGCUGCCCUACCAGCCCCCAACCCUGUGCAGCUUGCGGGUGCUGUCUGGCCUCCUGCUCCGCAAGAAGGACCUAGAACAGCGAGCCGCUGCCCUUGUGCCCGGCAGGGCAGCCGGAGCCCUGCAGGCCUCGCUGCAGCAGGCGCGGGAGCGGCUCCAGGACAGCCCGGCCCACCUGCUGCUGAAGGCGCGGUUCCUGGCGGCCUUCACCCUCCCCGCGCUCCUGGCCACCCUGUCCCCGCCCAGUGUCCCCACCACCUUGUCAGCAGCCGUGAGGGCUGAGCCUGAGAGUGACGACGAUGACGUCCACAAGGACGACAGUGGGCAGCAGAGGGGCUGGGCGAGCAGUGUCCAUGCCAGCCCCGCCCAGGGAGUCCCAGACCAGGGCCAGGGCUCUGCCCCCUCCUGUCUGGACAGCUCUGACGACCUUGACGUACUCAGGACCCGGCAUGCCCGGCACGCCCGAAAGCGGAGGAAGCUGGUGACUGCCCGGGCCAGACAUCCACCGCUGCUGCCGGCAGGACUGGGAGCCUGUGCCUACCCCGCAGGAGGAUGAUGGAGGCUCUGCCGACAGUGACCAUGUUGUGACUGGCUCAGCUGGUCCAUAAGUGCAGAUCAGAAUAUUGGAAGAAAUAAAGAAAUGUCCUGGUUUUUUUAAUUAAAAGCAAACCAUGCAGGG